UUUAUGAAUAAAAAUUUAAUUAUAGAAUUAUUUAUAUACAAAAAUAAUUAUGAUGGAGCCGACUACUAAUGGUGUAGAUCAAAAAUCACCUUCAGAUGUGGUCGCUGAAUUAAAUAAAAUUUCAAUAAUUGAAUCGAUAAAAAAUGCGGCGGCGAUCACUACGAAUGGUGAUGCACAAUCAUCAACAACAUCAUCAUCAGUAUCAAAAGCGCCAUUUUUAAAAAACACUGAACUUUUAGGAAUUUCUUUUAAUGAAAAUUCAAGUUCAUUGAUUAGAUGUGCGCCAAAUGAACGUGCAACAUUUUUUAUAAAAAUUGAUUGCCCUGAUGAUCAUGAAGCUAUUCCAUUUACAUUUGAAUGGAGCCGAGCUGAAACUGCAAUCGAAAAUUCAGAUAAAUUUCGAAUAACGCAAACAAGUAAUGCUGUCCAAUUAGCUGUUGAACAUGUUCAAAAAGAAGAUGCCGGACAUUAUACUUUAUAUGCACGAACGAAAAAAGGAAAUUUAAUUCGAAAAGAUGUCGAGCUGGUCGUUGAAGAUAGAUCAGUUGGUGAAGAUCCACCAAUAUUUUUACGUCGACUUACUGACUUAUCUGUUAAAGUUGGUACACGUACAAGGCUUAUAGUUGAAAUUCGAAGCUCAACAGAUGUUAAGGUAACUUGGUAUCGAAAUGAUAGAAGAAUAUGCGAGAAUGAUCGUAUCAAACAGGUGAAUGAAGGGAAUUUUUUUUGCUUGGAAAUAACGCCAGUAACAUUAGAUGAUGGUGGUCAAUGGAUGUGUAUGGCCGAAAAUUUAGGUGGACGUAAUUCAUGUAUUGCAUUAUUAAAUAUUUUGGUGCCAAAGGCAUACAAAUCACCAGAAUUUAUUGAAGAAUUACGUGCUGUAUUAACAGAACAAGGUACAGUUUCUUUAGAAUGUAAAGUAAUUGGUGUACCGACACCACUAUUAAGAUGGUUCAAAGAUUCGAAGGAAAUAAAAGCUGGGGAUGUUUUUGCACUUACUGCAAAUGCUGAUGAUCCGACAUCAUUAGGUACAUAUACCUGCGAAGCUGUUAAUUGUAUGGGAAAAGCUUAUUCUAGUUCAAAAGUACAUGUAGCUGGUAGAGGAAGUCGUGAAGGUUCCCUAAAACCGGCCGAUAGCAUGAAAGUAAGUGCACCACCACCAAUUUUCACUAAUGAAUUAAAAAGUAUAAAAGUUAAAAUAGGAGAAACUGUUAUAUUAGGUUGUCAAGUUGUGGUACCCCCUUGGCCAAAAAGUGUAACUUGGUACAAUAAAGAAGGACGAAUUGAAUCAAAUGAAAAAUAUCGUCUGAUUGAGGAUGGUUUGGGUGUAUAUAUGGUCGAAGCGAAACCUUCUGAAAGCUGCGAUGAGGGAGAAUGGAAGUGUGUCGUUACAAGUAGUGAAGGAAGUGUUGGUAUUUCUACUUGCACCGUCAACAUGGAUAUACCUAAAAAUUAUCGUAAACCAAGAUUUAUGGAGAGUCUUAAAGCAGUUCUCACAGAAGAGGGGUUAGUUUCCUUCGAAUGCAAAGUAGUUGGUUUCCCCACACCAAUACUGAAAUGGUUCAAAGAUGGUCAGGAAUUGAAGCCAGGUGAUGUUUAUCAGCUAACAGGUACCAAUUCUUUGGGAACAUACUGUUGCGUUGCCAAAAAUUGCAUGGGUGAAACAAGUAGUGUUGCAGUGUUAACGGUGGAAGAUAUUCAAAAUCAAUUGAAUGAGGAAGAUAGAUUGACUUUAAUAAAGCAAAACCAACCGCCAAGAUUUGUCGUUGGUUUAAAAAGCCAGGAGGCAAAAAUCAAUGAAGAGUUUGAAUUUCUGGUUACAGUUAAAGCAACGCCUGAACCUAUAUUAUCAUGGUUUCGUGAUGAAUUACCCGUGGAAACAAACGAGCGAUACAAUGCAUUUAAAGGUCAAAACGAGAAUUUUCAUCUUACAAUAAAAUGUGUUGAAUUCGUAGAUCAAGCUGAAUGGAAGUGUAUCGCUGCAAAUGAUUUUGGAACAACAAUAACUUCGUGCUUUUUAAAACUUCAAAUACCACGCCAUUAUAAGAAACCUCGCUUUUUAGAAUGUCUCAGGGCUGUCUUGACUGAAGAGGGUGCCGUUAACUUAGAAUGUAAAGUUAUUGGCGUACCUCAACCAGUUUUAAAAUGGUACAAGGAUGGCGUUGAGUUAAAACCUGGUGAUAUCCAUAGAAUUAUAUCUGGUCAAGAUGGUACGUGUUGCCUUGGAACAUAUACAUGCGAAGCCAGAAACUGUAUGGGUGUUGUUGCCAGCUCAGCUUCUCUUUUAGGUUUUGAAGACGCUUAUAAAAAUCAGCAACAACAGCAACAACAGCAAAAAGAACGUGAAGCUGUUCAGUUACAACGCAAUUUCUCACUUUCGACCAUACAAGAGGAACGUACAUCUCAGUUAUAUGAAACUCCGGUUGGUUCAGUAGCAGUUGAUGAUAAGGGUGAUGUGUCAUUUUCAUUUGACGGGAAAGAGGUUUCAGUUUCUCUAUAUGAAACGCCAGAUUUAACAGAAGAAGAAGCUUUACAAAUUGUCGAAAUGUAUGCAGAGCAAAUAUCUGAGCAUGUAACAGAUGGCAAUGUAGUUGAAUUACCACCUCUACGAUUCGUGAAGGAGACAUCUCAAUCGGGGAAUCUUCUUAUGGAGGCAGUUGUAGUAGAUAUUUCACCAGAAUAUUUCAGCCCGGACGACGACCAAAGAACCGAAGCUGGUGUAGACGAUAUUUCUAUUCAUGAAGCAAGUGUUCAUUCAAGCAAAGGAGGUCACGCAAGUUUCGAUAGAGAUAUGGAAGAUUUCGCAAAUCAAUCAAUAGUAAAAAUGGAGGAGGAGCUUAGCAUGCAAGCUCCAAUCCCAAGAAAAAGAAAGAAGUCAAAACCAGGUGCAGAAAGUGAUGAAUUCCAAAGUUUGUCCCAAUCUAAAAAAUCAAGCAGUCAUAAAGGAGACGACGAUAGUGAAUCAGAUUUACAAACCUUUGCUAGUGCCCAAGGCUCUGCUCCAAUUUCUUCUUUAGAAAAAGAACCUUCAUCAGUAAGUUCUGGAGCUGUACCAAAAGAACCAAUUCCUCCUAAAAGGAAGAAGGCUGAAAAAGUGGAAUUAGAAUCAGAUUCGUCGAUGAGAACAAGUGAGCAAGAAGUACAUUUGCAAGAUAUAUCUGGAGCUGCAGGUGAUGGACUAAAAGUGUUGUCGAAAACGUCUAAACAAAUUACUGACGAAAAAUUAAUUAGAACGAAUUUGGAAGCAUUGGUGCCUUUAGCUAAAAGCCUGAAACAGGUUGAAAAACAUUUGGUUGUUGUGCAGGACGAAGUUAUUUCUCAAUCCGCUAUGAUGAUGUCUCCUGCAUCAGCUGAACAAAGUAUUGGAAUAAUACAAAAAAUUUUGGAGCCUUUAAGACAAAUUCAAAGCAAGAUGAAAGUUUAUUCAGGAGAAAUUCCUUUGGAAACAUUAUUUGAAUCUCUUGAAGAAGAUGUUCAUGAGCUUCAUAGAAGUUUGCAAGUUAUUGAAAGUUGUGUUGAAAUGGAUGAACAUGGUGUUACCUUAAUUCAAAAAACUAGUGUUUGUGUAAUCGAUAGUUCAGGAGAUUUAAUAAUAAAAGCUUUAGAUAAUGUUAAACAAAUAGCUCAAUAUUUUGAAACCGAUAAGCUUAAAAAUGAAAUUAGAUUAGUCGUUCAAGAUAUGCAGCAAGGAAUUCAAAUUACUCAAGAUACAAUAAAAUCACAGGCACUUAUACAGGAAGCAUCUGCAUUUGAAACAGCGCAGCACAUAUCUGAACAAGUGGCUAAAAUGCAAACAUUAGCACCAUCAGCAACACCGUUUGAUAAACAAACAAUAUUACAAUUGCCUUCUGAAGCAGAAUCAUUAAAAAUGAUAUGCGAACCAGUCAUGAAAAUACAACGCUCCUUAGAAAGCAUAGAAAAUGAAUUAUCCUUGGAAGAAAAUGAGGAACAGUUGUUUUCAAAAGUCCAUGAAGUAGUUUUAGAUAAAUUAACUGAACCAAUAGAUGAGUUAACUUCAGUGUUGCAGAAAAUAGAACAAAAUACCGUCAGCGCUUCUUCGGGGAAAGAAAAUUUAGAACAAAAAAUUAAUAUAACGGUUUUAGAUAUUGUCACUCCACCUUUAUUUGAACUUAAAAAAGGAUUGGAAAUUUUAGCUAAGCAAUCUUCCACAAAUAUUCAUGCAGGUAUGGUCAGCGUAAGCAUCGUAGAACAAAUGGUACCCCCACUUCAAGAAAUACAAAAUGGAUUAGCCCAACUCGCUCAAGAUAUUGAAAGUGGACAAGUUGGUGAAGAGGUUGCUAAUGAGUCAGCUGAUGCACAAAAAUUGUGCCAGUCUAUAGCUCAAGCAGUACUAUAUUUAGAAACUAAUAUGGAACUUUUAGCACCAAAAAUGCCAGAAGCAAUUCAUAUUCAGAUGAUUAAUUUAAAAAAUGAUGUUUCCCGUUUGGUUGGAAAUAUUUUAGAUUCGUCAUUUAACAAAUACCACUUGACUCUUUUGGAAAAUUUAAAAAGGCCAAUAGAUGAAUUAAACUAUUGCUUACGGCAAACAGAAGCUAAAUCUAUUUCAGGAUCCUUAAGCGACUUAUUAGAGCCUCUUGAUCAUUUAAAUGAUAAAGCAGUGCUUUGUGAAGAUAUUUUACUUCUCACUGGGCAGUCACCAAGCGACUUCAAUUUAAAAACAUUAAAGCAAAUAAAACUUUUGAUUAAAUCUAUUAUAAGUGAUAUCGAUAGUCAUGAUAUGAAAAUUUUGCAAGAUGAAUUGGAAACACAGCAAAGAUUAGGAGAUGAAAUAGAAAAAACAAUUUUGUCUAUUCACGAAGCAAAGUCUUUACAUAAUUCUGAAAAACUAAUUGCGAAGUCUAAACAAAUAUUUGAGGAAUUUCAUGCUUGUAUAGCAGCUGUUCAACAGCAAACUGUAUUUCCUGAAUCUGAAGAAGCUGCUGUGCCAAAAGAACAUAUUACUCUUUUGAAAAAUAUUAAAGCUCCUUUGCAAGAUAUUAUGCAAAGUAUAAGUAAGGUUAAAGAGAUUUUUGCAUUCGAAACCAUUGAAAUGUUAUCAGAUACCGGAGAUGUUUCAAUUUUGCAAGAAUUUUUAAGACCUUUAGAAACUAUUAUGGAAAAUAUUCAAGUAAUAACACAGCAUAAUAUUGUGGAACCACUAUACACUUCUUCUGCAAAAGAUGCACCAGAAGCUCUAAAAACAUUGGUUGAACCUUUGCAACAACUUCAAACCUGUAUAAAUUCAAUUAAUGAAAUAGGAAAAACUGCAAAAGUCCAAGGCUUAAAUCCAAAAAUUGUUCUACCUCUUGAAGAAAUCAACAAUUCAAUUGAGAAAUUAGUUAGCUGUAUAAGCCCUCCCAAUAAAGCAACCGAAGUUACAAAAGCUGCUAUUCAAACUGCCACACCAAUGGAGGUAGAUGUCGAUAUAAUUGAUAAAAAAAUAAAUUCCUAUAAUUUACUUGUGCAGGAAUUCAAAUCUUCGAUUUUAAAUGUUUUUAAUAAGUGCGCUGAGUUAGAUGUAACUAUGCUUGGGUUAGAUCAAGUAGCUGCUAUUAAAACAAUUGUGACAAAACUAAAGUAUAUUGAGAAUUUGAUGGAGCAAGCUGGCCUUGUAACUGAUGUAGAUAAAAAUUUUUUAGAAAGAUCAAAAGAAAAAAAUUUGGAAGAUUCUACAUUAGAUUUGUUAAAUUACAUAGAAAUUAUAGAACGAGAAAUAAAUCAAGAAAAGUCAGAUCUGGGUUUAGACAAUAUCUCGAAAUUAAAAUCAAUCAUUACACCUUUACAAGAUCUGGCAAAAUCAUUGACGGUGUUUGAUGAACAAAUUCUCAAAGGUAUCCAAAAAACCGUUUCCGUUAGUGAAACGAAAAUUGAAGCUAUUAAACUUCCUGAUGUGAAAGUUAAAGUUGAGGAACCCAGUUUAAAGAAUAGUUUAAAAGAAGGAAUUAAGCAAAUUCAAAUUUGCCUAAAUAUUGUUGGUAAUGAAAAACAGCUCUUGAAUUCGAAAGAGUCCAAUGUUGCUUCGGACAUUCUUUUAAAUAUUAAAACAUCUUUGAAUGAUCUAAAAUCAUCUUUUGAAAUUAUUCAAAGUGAAUUUGCUGAAUCACAAAGAGUAGAUGAAGAAAUUUUAAACAAAUCAGAUGUCUCAAAUUCAUUAUUUAAACUCAAAGAAUGUUUGGUGAAGACAUACGAAGUAGCUCUAGAAAAUUCUGAACUUGAAAAAAUGUUAGAAGGACCAUUGUCUGAAACUGAAAAAGCUUUCAAUGAUAUUAUUGAUAAUGUUCCUCUUUUGGAGUUUCUCCUAGCUGAAAAAAUGGCUAACAAAUCUCAAACUGAACUUAACGAAUUGUUAAAUGCCACUCGAAAUGCUGUUGCUACUAAUCCUAAUUUAGCUUAUAUUAAAACAAUAGAAAAGCCAAUAAUCAAUUUACAACAGCUAUUGAUCAAUAUUAACAAGUCGCAGAACUUGCUGAUGUCGAAAUCUUCAUCGAUAAUGAUAACACUUCAAACAUAUUUGAUGGAUUUAUACAGAUCAUUAAGUGAUAUAAGCGAACUAAUUCCAUCAAAAGGAUUAAAACCAAUUGCAGAAUGUCAACAGAAUUUAACAUCUAUUUACAAUUUCAUAGAAACUUCAGAAGAUAAAAUCAAGCUUACUGAAUUUUUACAAGAAAUUGAUGCAAUAUCACCUAAUUUACAAGAUUUUAGUCGUGUAUUAACUGAAAUAACAAGAGACAGUGUUUUAGUUCCAAUUAAACUUGAUGAGAUUCAGGAAGAAAAGGAAGAAGAUUUGAAAAAGAUACUUCCAAAUAUUGAAACCAUGAAAGAUGAAGCACUAAAGAAAGAGGAGAUUAUAGAAAUUUUGGAGCCUGUUAAGGAUGCUAAAAAUUUCUUAAUCAUUUUACAACAGAUCCUUUCUGAGCAAACGGAAGAAAACGCGAAAUUAUUUCUACAAAAUUAUUCUGGAGUUAUCAAUGAUUUAAGAGAAAAAUUGGAUUAUAUUGAAAAUAGGGUUAAUAGUCAAAAAGAUGUGAACAUUUUAUCAGAGCAAGAAAGAGAAUCAAUUGAUGAGAUUAUCAAACCGUUACAAAAAUUAAAAAAAGCUAUUAGAAAUGUGGGUCAAUUAAUUCAAGAUGAAGACAUAUCUGUUACUGAUUUGUCUACUAUAGUUCGAACUGAAACUGUAGAGGAUUUAACAAGUCAAGCUCUCGAAUUACAAAAACAUUCAGAAGAGCGUGAACUUACACCAGAAGAGCAAACAAAAUUGCAAAAAAUUUUAGAGAAAAUUGAUAGUAUGGAUUCUGAGGUUUACAAAGCUUUAACCGAACCAAAAAUAAUAAACAAAAACCAGGCUGAACUUUUUGAAGCUAUACGCGAAGAAGCUGAAAUGCUUGAGGAACUAAAAAAAAACGACGACAAAGACGGUUUUUCCAAAGAGUCCGCCAAAAGUACGGAACCGAAUAUUCUCGCUGAACAGCAAUCACUUCAAAUGGAUAUCGAUAAAAAUAAUUUAAAACGUAAGGUAAGCGAAGAAACUCCCAUUACUAGUGAAGAAGAUGAAAAACGCCAAAAAAUUGAUAGCAGAUCCCAAUUUAUAACGGAGAAUUUAAACAAUUUAAAAAUUAUAAAUAGCAAUAUCCUUCAAAUGAUUCAAAAUGAACUACCAAAAAAAAUAUUUGAACCAUUAAAUGCUCUUAAAUCCACAAUAGUUGAAAUCGAAAACAUAUUGAGAGAAAAACCUGCAAAAGUAAUUGAAGAUGAUCUUUUUCUUCCAUUAUUUAAAUUAAGGGACCUUUUAAACCAUAUCGAUAAUGAGAAAAACUCAAUUAGCGAUCAAGAAAUGAAACUAAAAUUAGAUCAAAUAGUCAAACUAAAUGAGCUGCUUUUCUCGAACAUAAUUAAUAAUCAUAAAAAUUUAAGACAAACUUUUAUUCAGGACCUCAUUACUAGUCCAAAAGACGAAAUUAAGAAACUUUGCCGGAUUGAUAAAAAAAUAAUUGAAAGCUUUAAGCUUGAAAAUCUUAUUACCGGUUUAAACAAUUUUGAUGUGGCUCUUAAUGAACUUGCAAAAAUCAAUGAAACAAGCAUUAAUAAGAACUUAGCACAAUAUGCUAAUUUAAAGGAAAGUGCAGAGAUUGUAUUAGGUACUUUAAAAGAAGCAUCUGCCGGAUGUCCAAAAGAAUUAGAAAAAGUCAUUGGCGAACUUCAAAAUAAAAUUGAGGAAUUAUUUAAUUUAAUUACCGUUAAAGAUAAACUUGGUAUAACCGAAAUUUGUUUAAAAAUGGAAUCAUUAUCUAAUCCAAUAAGAAAUUUGGCAAAUAAAGUAAGAGAUGCAACAGUUGAAAAACAAGAAUUAAUUAAAAUUGAGAAUACUCACUUUAAGCAGCAAUUGAUCGAACUUCAAGAACAUUUUAAGAAAGAAAAACAUAACGAUAAUAUCAACAGAUCAUUAGAAGAAUUACAACAAAUCCAUGAUGAAUUAUCUAAAACUAAAAAUCCAAGCGAAGAUAUGAAUAAGAGAGCUGCAAAAACUUUACUUAAGUUGAGAGAGCACCUAGUGCAUACAUAUGAUUCUUCAGAAUUCACAGAAGGUGAAAACCAAAACAUAGAUAUUAUAGAUAAGAUUUUGAAAGAUCAUUUAGUUGAUAACCCAGCUUUAGAGAAAGAUUUUUCAAACCUAAUAGUGAAACACACAUUUACGCAAAUCAAACAACUUAUAGAAAUUUUAUCCAAAAAUAGAGAAAAGCCUGAAUUUAAAAAUUUGUCUCAUCUUGUUAAUUCGAUGACGGAUCUCGAAGUUAAUAUGCAACAAAUAUUUAACCAACAAAAUUCGCAAUUUGCUAAAACUUCUGCUAAAAUUAUAAAUUUACAAAAAGUUUUAAUGAAUGCUUUUAUUAAUUUUAAUGAGGUUAGUGACAAAAGUGAAAGACAUUUAAAAGAUCAUUUAGCUGAAAUUGAAAAAGUUUUCCUUACUAUUAACAAUGUAAUUGAAGAAUCUGCACCUGUUCUUAAAAUGAUAGAAAUUGCCAGUAAGGUUGAAAGUUUAGAAAAGCCAGUUAAAGUGUUAAAUGACUACUUGACUCAUACUUUAGUACAGUCUGCAAAAGAUAAAGAAAUUAAAGAAGACCAAAGGGAGAUAUCUCCAGAAAUGGUUCAACACAUUGAAAAAAUUGUAACACAAAAAUAUAUUGAAAUAAAAGCACUUGAAAAACAGAACGAACAACAAGCAAUUCUUGCUAAGACUGACGAGAAAAUCUUAUUAGAAAUACAGAAAGUACAGCAACAAAUUGAUAAAAAAAAACUGGAAGUUGUUGCUUUGGAAUCACAAAUUCCUCAACAAGGUCAGUUUUCUACAGACCAAUUAAAACCUGAAGAGAUUCAACAGAUGAGUCAAAUAGUAAAUCAAAAGAAAACAGAAAUUCGAGCAUUGGAAAAUAAAGAAGCUGAGAGGGCUGAAAUAUCGAUGGCCGAUCCCAAAGCAAAAGAAGAUAUCAAGCAAAUGCAACAAAUAAUUGAACAAAAGAAAAUUGAAAUACAAGCUUUGGAAAAGAAAGUAGCAGAACAAGGGGAAAUAAUUGUUCCAGAGGAAAGGAAACUUAAUGAAAUUGAACAAGUACAGCAAAUUGUGGAACAAAAGAAAGCAGAAGUAAAAGCUCUAGAAACUCAAAAAGCACAACAAGCGCAAAUUGCUAAAACAGAUUCUCCUGCUGUUGAAGAAGUUAAGCACUUGAAAUUGGUUAUUGAACAAAACAAACUAGAAAUAAAAGCUUUAGAAUCAAAACUGCCACAAAUAGGAGAAGUGGCUGAAGUUGAAAUGAAAUCUAUUGAAGAAAUUUAUCAAAUAGAGCAGAUAGUUUCUCAAAAGAAAGCUGAAAUAAAAGCUCUUGAAACGCAAAACGCACAACAAGCAACUCUGGCAAAAUCUGAUGCAAAAUCUGCAUCUGAAAUAGACAAUGUGCAAUUGACAAUUGAUCAAAAGAAAUUAGAGGUUGUUGCACUCGAGUCUCAAGUUUCUAAACAAGGCGAAAUUUCUACCAUUCAACUAAAACCUGAAGAAAUCCAACAGAUGAAUCAAAUGGUAGAUCAAAAGAAAGCGGAAAUUCGAGCAUUGGAAAAUAAGCAAGCUGAAAGGGCAGAAAUGUUGAUGGUCGAUUCGACAGUAAAAGCAGAAAUUCAACAAAUGCAACAAAUAGUUGAACAAAAGAAAAUUGAAAUACAAGCUUUGGAAAAGAAAGUAGCAGAACAAGGGGAAAUAAUUGUUCCAGAGGAAAGGAAACUUAAUGAAAUUGAACAAGUACAGCAGAUUAUGGAACAAAAGAAAGUAGAAGUAAAAGCUCUAGAAACUCAAAAAGCACAACAAGCGCAAAUUGCUAAAGCAAAUUCUCCUGCUGCUGAAGAAGUUAAGCACUUACAAUUGGUUAUUGAACAAAACAAACUAGAAAUAAAAGCUUUAGAAUCAAAACUGCCACAAAUAGGAGAAGUGGCUGAGGCCGAAGUUGAAAUGAAAUCGGCUGAAGAAAUUCAGCAAAUAGAACUGAUAGUUUCCCAAAAGAAAGCUGAAAUAAAAGCUCUUGAAACGCAAAACGCACAACAAGCAACUCUGGCAAAAUCUGAUGCAAAAUCUGCAUCUGAAAUAGACAAUGUGCAAUUGACAAUUGAUCAAAAGAAAUUAGAGGUUGUUGCACUCGAGUCUCAAGUUUCUAAACAAGGCGAAAUUUCCACCAUUCAACUAAAACCUGAAGAAAUCCAACAAAUGAAUCAAAUGGUACAUCAAAAGAAAGCAGAAAUUCGAGCAUUGGAAAAUAAGCAAGCUGAGAGCGCAGAAGUGUCGACGGCUGAUCCGAAAGUAAAAGAAGAAAUUCAACAAAUGCAACAAAUAGUUGAACAAAAGAAAAUUGAAAUACAAGCUUUGGAAAAGAAAGUAGCAGAACAAGGGGAAAUAACUGUUGUGCAGGAAAGGAAACUUGAUGAAAUUCAACAAGUACAGCAAAUCGUGGAACAAAAGAAAGCAGAAGUAAAAGCCCUAGAAACUCAAAAAGCAAAACAAGCGCAAAUUGCUAAAGCAGAUUCUCCAGCUGCUGAAGAAGUUAAGCACUUGCAAUUGGUUAUUGAACAAAACAAACUAGAAAUAAAAGCUUUAGAAUCAAAACUGCCACAAAAAGGAGAAGUGGCUGAAGUUGAAAUGAAAUCUAUUGAAGAAAUUCAACAAAUAGAGCAGAUAGUUUCUCAAAAGAAAGCUGAAAUAAAAGCUCUUGAAACGCAAAACGCACAACAAGCAACUCUGGCAAAAUCUGAUGCAAAAUCUGCAUCUGAAAUAGACAAUGUGCAAUUGACAAUUGAUCAAAAGAAAUUAGAGGUUGUUGCACUCGAGUCUCAAGUUUCUAAACAAGGCGAAAUUUCCACCAUUCAACUAAAACCUGAAGAAAUCCAACAAAUGAAUCAAAUGGUAGAUCAAAAGAAAGCGGAAAUUCGAGCAUUGGAAAAUAAGUGUGCUGAGAGGGCAGAAGUGUCGGCGGCCGAUCCGAAAGUAAAAGAAGAAAUUCAACAAAUGCAACAAAUAGUUGAACAAAAGAAAAUUGAAAUACAAGCUUUGGAAAAGAAAGUAGCAGAACAAGGGGAAAUAACUGUUGUGCAGGAAAGGAAACUUGAUGAAAUUCAACAAGUACAGCAGAUUAUGGAACAAAAGAAAGCAGAAGUAAAAGCCCUAGAAACUCAAAAAGCGCAACAAGCACAAAUUGCUAAAGCAGAUUCUCCUGCUGCUGAAGAAGUUAAGCACUUACAAUUUGUUAUUGAACAAAACAAACUAGAAAUAAAAGCUUUAGAAUCAAAACUGCCACAAAUAGGAGAAGUAGCUGAAGUUGAAAUGAAAUCUAUUGAAGAAAUUCAACAAAUAGAGCAGAUAGUUUCUCAAAAGAAAGCUGAAAUAAAAGCUCUUGAAACUCAAAACGCACAACAAGCAACUCUGGCAAAAUCUGAUGCAAAAUCGGCAUCUGAAAUAGAAAAUAUGCAACUGACAAUUAAUCAAAAGAAAUUAGAGGUUGUUGCACUCGAGUCUCAAAUUUCUAAACAAGGCGAAAUUUCUAUCAUUCAACUAAAACCUGAAGAAAUCCAACAGAUGAAUCAAAUGGUAGAUCAAAAGAAAGCGGAAAUUCGAGCAUUGGAAAAUAAGCGAGCUGAGAGGGCAGAAGUGUCGGCGGCCGAUCCGAAAGUAAAAGAAGAAAUUCAACAAAUGCAACAAAUAGUUGAACAAAAGAAAAUUGAAAUACAAGCUUUGGAAAAGAAAGUAGCAGAACAAGGGGAAAUAACUGUUGUGGAGGAAAGAAAACUUGAUGAAAUUCAACAAGUACAGCAGAUUAUGGAACAAAAGAAAGCAGAAGUAAAAGCCCUAGAAACUCAAAAAGCACAACAAGCACAAAUUGCUAAAGCAGAUUCUCCUGCUGCUGAAGAAGUUAAGCACUUGCAAUUGGUUAUUGAACAAAACAAACUAGAAAUAAAAGCUUUAGAAUCAAAACUGCCACAAAAAGGAGAAGUGGCUGAAGUUGAAAUGAAAUCUAUUGAAGAAAUUCAAAAAAUAGAGCAAAUAGUUUCUCAAAAGAAAGCUGAAAUAAAAGCUCUUGAAACUCAAAACGCACAACAAGCAACUCUGGAAAAAUCUGAUGCAAAAUCGGCAUCUGAAAUAGAAAAUAUGCAACUGACAAUUAAUCAAAAGAAAUUAGAGGUUGUUGCACUCGAGUCUCAAGUUUCUAAACAAGGUGAAAUUUCUAUCAUUCAACUAAAACCUGAAGAAAUCCAACAGAUGAAUCAAAUGGUAGAUCAAAAGAAAGCGGAAAUUCGAGCAUUGGAAAAUAAGCGUGCUGAGAGGGCAGAAGUUUCGGCGGCCGAUCCGAAAGUAAAAGAAGAAAUUCAACAAAUGCAACAAAUAGUUGAACAAAAGAAAAUUGAAAUACAAGCUUUGGAAAAGAAAGUAGCAGAACAAGGGGAAAUAACUGUUGUGCAGGAAAGGAAACUUGAUGAAAUUCAACAAGUACAGCAGAUUAUGGAACAAAAGAAAGCAGAAGUAAAAGCCCUAGAAACUCAAAAAGCGCAACAAGCACAAAUUGCUAAAACAGAUUCUCCUGCUGCUGAAGAAGUUAAGCACUUACAAUUGGUUAUUGAACAAAACAAACUAGAAAUAAAAGCUUUAGAAUCAAAACUGCCACAAAUAGGAGAAGUAGCUGAAGUUGAAAUGAAAUCUAUUGAAGAAAUUCAACAAAUAGAGCAGAUAGUUUCUCAAAAGAAAGCUGAAAUAAAAGCUCUUGAAACUCAAAACGCACAACAAGCAACUCUGGAAAAAUCUGAUGCAAAAUCGGCAUCUGAAAUAGAAAAUAUGCAACUGACAAUUAAUCAAAAGAAAUUAGAGGUUGUUGCACUCGAGUCUCAAGUUUCUAAACAAGGCGAAAUUUCUAUCAUUCAACUAAAACCUGAAGAAAUCCAGCAGAUGAAUCAAAUGGUAGAUCAAAAGAAAGCGGAAAUUCGAGCAUUGGAAAAUAAGCGUGCUGAGAGGGCAGAAGUGUCGGCGGCCGAUCCGAAAGUAAAAGAAGAAAUUCAACAAAUGCAACAAAUAGUUGAACAAAAGAAAAUUGAAAUACAAGCUUUGGAAAAGAAAGUAGCAGAACAAGGGGAAAUAACUGUUGCGGAGGAAAGAAAACUUGAUGAAAUUCAACAAGUACAGCAGAUUAUGGAACAAAAGAAAGUAGAAGUAAAAGCCCUAGAAACUCAAAAAGCACAACAAGCACAAAUUGCUAAAGCAGAUUCUCCUGCUGCUGAAGAAGUUAAGCACUUGCAAUUGGUUAUUGAACAAAACAAACUAGAAAUAAAAGCUUUAGAAUCAAAACUGCCACAAAUAGGAGAAGUAGCUGAAGUUGAAAUGAAAUCUAUUGAAGAAAUUCAACAAAUAGAGCAGAUAGUUUCUCAAAAGAAAGCUGAAAUAAAAGCUCUUGAAACUCAAAACGCACAACAAGCAACUCUGGCAAAAUCUGAUGCAAAAUCUGCAUCUGAAAUAGAAAAUAUGCAACUGACAAUUAAUCAAAAGAAAUUAGAGGUUGUUGCACUCGAGUCUCAAGUUUCUAAACAAGGCGAAAUUUCUAUCAUUCAACUAAAACCUGAAGAAAUCCAACAGAUGAAUCAAAUGGUAGAUCAAAAGAAAGCGGAAAUUCGAGCAUUGGAAAGUAAGCGUGCUGAGAGGGCAGAAAUGUUGGCGGCCGAUCCGAAAGUAAAAGAAGAAAUUCAACAAAUGCAACAAAUAGUUGAACAAAAGAAAAUUGAAAUACAAGCUUUGGGAAAGAGAGUAGCAGAACAAGGGGAAAUAACUGUUGCGGAGGAAAGAAAACUUGAUGAAAUUCAACAAGUACAGCAGAUUAUGGAACAAAAGAAAGCAGAAGUAAAAGCCCUAGAAACUCAAAAAGCGCAACAAGCACAAGUUGCUAAAACAGAUUCUCCAGCUGCUGAAGAAGUUAAGCAUUUGCAAUUGAUUAUUGAACAAAAUAAAUUAGAAAUAAAAGCUUUAGAAUCAAAACUGCCACAAAAAGGAGAAGUGGCUGAAGUUGAAAUGAAAUCUAUUGAAGAAAUUCAACAUAUAGAGCAAAUAGUUUUGCAAAAGAAAGCUGAAAUAAAAGCUCUUGAAACGCAAAAUGCACAACAAGCAGCUAUUGCAAGAACGAAUGAAAAAGUUGCCUCAGACAUUCAAAAAGUGCAACAGACAAUUGAUCAAAAGAAAUUAGAGGUCGUAGCCCUCGAAUCUGUAGUCUCUAGCCAAGGCCAAAUAUCAACAACUCAAUUAAAACCGGAAGAGAUUCAACAAAUGCAGCAAAUCGCAAAUCAGAAAAGAAUUGAAAUUUUAGCAUUGGAAACUAAACGAGCUGAGAGAGCAGAAAUAUCGGUGCUCGAUCAAAAGAAUAAAGUGGAAUUGAAUGAAAUGGAAGAAAUAGUUGAACAAAAGAAAAUUGAAAUUGAAGCUUUAGAGAAGAAAGUGGCAAGUCAGGGAGAUAUAGCUUUGACUGAAAAAAAUAUUUUGUCUGAUAUUGAUGUAAUAGAACAAAUUGUAGAGCAGAAGAAGGCUGAGGUUAGCGCUUUAGAAACUCAGAAAAUUGACAUUAGCAACGCCGAUUUAGCAAAGGGAAUGGAUAAAAAUAUUAUGCAGAAACAAAUGGAAAUUAAAGCUUUGGAAGGUUCAAAAGUUUUGGAAGUUAUUUUGGAUGACGAAAAGCUUAAGAAAAUCAAUUGUAUGUAUGCUGGUUCUAUUAAUGAAUUAGGAAACUUUGUAGAAUUAAUAACGUUAAUAGCUCCAGAACAAAGUUCUAUUUUAUCAAUUAAAAAAGCAGCAGAUCCUGUUAUUUCUCUUCAAAAGUGUUUGUUAGAAUUAACGGAUGAUAAAAAUGCAUUUCUCAGCAAAAAUGCUAAUAAAAUUAUCAAACUUCAAAGUCAGUUAAUGUCCGUUUUUCUCUGCUUGAACGACUUAGGAAAUGAAUGUGAAAACCCGUUAAAAGAACAGGUUAUAAACGCUCAAAAUAAAAUUUUAGCCUUAAAUGAUUCAAUAGAUGGCUCUCAAAAUGAUAUUGCAACAUUAGCACUAGCUGGCGAUGUUGGGAUAUUGCACGAAACAUUUGGUAACUUAAAUAAAAUUCUCAAGGAUUUUUCGACAGCAGAAAAUCAGCCUUUGGAGUCCAAAGACAAAAGAAGCAUAGUUGAUCCUGAAGUAAUAUUGGAAGAUAAAAAUCAAGAAGUGGAAAGAAAAAUACAAUCUGAAAAAAAAAUCAUUGACAAAAAUCUUAAAGAGACCAAUGAAAAAUAUAGUUUUAUGAUUUUAGAUGAUUUAAAAAGAAAACUUAAAGAUUUUCAAAAAUCGUGUGACGAUGAAAUUGCCAACGCAAACGUUAGGAAAAAUAUAAAAAAUUUGAAUGAUAUCGAAAAAACUAUUAUUGAUUCCCAUCAAGACACGGAAAACUUGAGCAAAGCGGUGGAAGUUCUUUUUGAAAUUCGAACUGAUAUGUUAGCUAAAUGUGACGAUAAAGAAAAAUCAGUGACAUCGGCAGCUGAGCAAAUCGUGGAAGAAGCAUUUACGAUAUUCAACAAAGUGACCGAAUUUUUGCCAGAUCUUCGCCUUCAAUAUUCGCGAAAAAUGUUAAUUGCUACAGAGAAAGGAAUUGAUACUCUUUUACAAGAGCUUUUGACAAUACCGGGAGAAAUAAAGCAUCUACAUGCAUUUAAACAAGUUGUUCAACCACUUCAAAAUUGUAGAAAUAUAUUCGCCGAAUAUCAAACAAAUGAAUUUGAGAAUCUUGAAAAGUCGUCAAGUAAAAUUGUAAAAUUACAAACCAAUUUGAUGAAUGCAUUUAUGGCAUUCAAUGAACUUGGUGCAAGUUCACAGCUUGCAAAGGAAUUAAGUGUUGUUCAAAAUAAAAUAUUGUUUCUUAAUGACUGUGUUGACAGUGAAAUAACGAAUGUUAAUGUUGUUAGUUUGGCAGCAAAAGCAGAGCGUCUUUCACAGCCUUUAAUGAUGUUAAGUAAAAAAAUUGCUGAGCUUAAAAAAGAUUUAUCGAUAGAAGAAGAGAACAAGGGCGCUACAAAGCAAGACAUAUAUGAUACAAAAAGAAAAGAUUCAGUAAUAACAGAUGUUGCAGAAGCACAUGCACAAACGGGACAAAUGUUGAAUAAGGAAUCCGCAGACAUUAAACAGGAAGUUUUUGACGCUAAAAGAAAAAGUUCUGUUGUACAAGAUAUUGAAAAGGAUCAGCCACAAGUAGCACAAAUAACUCUUAAAAAGCCGGAAGAACUUACGGAAGAAAAGCUAGAUUCAAAGAGAAGAAGCUCGAUAGUGAAAGAUAUUCCAGAACCACAGGCACAAAAGGCCGAAAUUUCAGUAACAAAACCAGAAAGAAUUACACAAGAGACUGUCGAUGCAAAAAGAAGAAGUUCUGUCGUACAAGACAUAGAGGAGCCAAAGGUGCAAACUGCGAAAGUAGUAGCACCUGAAGCGAUUCAGCAGGAAGAUGUUGAUUCAAAGAGAAGGAGCUCUAUUAUACAAGAUAUUGAAGCACCACAACCACUGGUAGCUCAAAUAACGGUUAAACAGCCGGAAGAAAUCAAGCAAGAAAAACUUGAUUCACAGAGAAGAAGCUCUGUCGUAAAAGAUAUUGAAGAACCUCAAGCCCAAGUAGCACAAGUAACAGUGAAAAAGCCGGAAGAAAUCAAACAAGAAACUAUUGACGCAAAACGAAAGGACUCAGUUGUUCAAGAAUUGGAAACACCCCAAUUACAAGUAGCAGAAGUUACAGUAAAGAAGCCUGAAGAAAUUAAGACGGAGAAACUCGAUUCAAAAAGAAAAGAUUCUAUUGUUGAAAACAUUGAGAUUCCAAAGCCACAGGCUGCACAAAUAACAAUAAAGCAAGCAGAGGAAAUCACACAAGAAAGUGUAGACGCAAAGAGAAGAAGCUCUGUAAUACGAGAUGUUGAUGAACCAGAGGUGCAAGUUGCUAAAAUUACGGUGAAGAAACCAGAAGAAAUUAAACAGGAAACUAUCGACACUAGGAGAAGAAGUUCUUUGGUUCAAGAGAUUGAGGAGCCGCAAUCACAAAAAGCAAAAAUAUUUGUUAAAGAGCCGGAAGAGAUUAAAAUGGAAAAGUUCGAUGAAAAGAGAAAAAAAUCAGAUCUGAAAGAUAUAGAAAAAAUGGAACCUCAUGUUGCUAAAUCAUUGGAAAAAGCUGAUGAUUCAAUUAAAGAGAAAAAGCUUGAUACAACACGCCGGGAAUCUAUUUUGGAAGUAAUAGAAAAACCCGAAGCUCAAAAGGCAGAUAUAUCAGAAAUAUCUAAAAAAGAAUCUUUGCCUGAAGGUUCUACAGAAGAUAAAAUUGAAAAGAUACUUGACAAGAAACAUGAAGAAACUAAGGAAACUAAAAGAAAAUCCAUUAAGGAAGAUAAACGAAAAAAGAGUUCUGAAGCAACAGUUGAAGAUUCUACGGAAGAAAUAUCCAAGAAGAAAGAGGAAGUAGAAGCAGCAACAGAUUAUAAAAAAGAAGAACUUAAACAAGCCGAUGAUUCAAAGGUGGACUCAGAAAAGUCAAGAGAAAGAGAAACUAAGACUGAGAGCUUAGAAGAUGCGAAAAUGCAAAGAAAAGAAAGCGAUAAAGAAUCUAAAAACUCAGUAGAAAAAGCAGAUAAAGAAAUAUCAAGAAUAGAGGAGGAAAAAAUAGUAAACCAAACCAAAUCGAAAGAAAUUGUAAAUGAAGCUAAAGAAAAGACGGUUCAAGAAGAAUCAAAACAACAACUGGGCGAAAAAGUUAAUCUUGAAAAAGAACGAGUUGAAGAUUUAAAUGAAAUAAAAGCACAAGAAAUUAAAUCGGAAGUUGAAGAAAAAAUGAAAAACAGAAAAGAAUCUGAAGCAGAAAACAUUGCAGAAAAGAAACAGCUAGAGGAAAAGAAAUCAAAAUCUGAACAAAAAUCGCAACCAACAGAAGAAUCAAAAGAAAAAGGUGUAAAACAAGUAGGUGAAGUUCAAAAUGAUGUUGAAGAACUGAAGGCGAAAGAUAAUGAAGAUCCCAAAAAAAGGAAGUCUAUUAAGAAAGAAACUAGUGAAGAUAAAAAGGCCGAAAGUGUGAAACAAGUAGGUGAAAUUAUAAAAGAUGAUCAAGGAUCGAAGGAAAAAGAUGAACUUAAAAGAAGAAAAUCUAUUAAAAAAGAAAUAAGCGAGGAUAAAAAAACUGAAAGCGUUCAAGAUGAAGUUCAAAAGGAGGAAGUAGAACCGAAGUUAAAAGAUCAUGAAGAACCUAAAAAAAGAAAAUCUAUUAAGAAAGAAACUAGUGAAGAUAACAAAACUGAAACUGUAAAAAAAUUAGAUGAAAUUAAAAAAGAGGAAGAAGAAACGAAGACAAAAGAUGAACAGCCUAAAAAGAGAAAAUCUAUUAAAAAAGAAACUAGUGAAGACAAAAAAACUGAAAGCGUAAAACAACUGGAUGAAGUCAAAAGAGAAGAAGCAGAACCAAAGGCAAAAGAUAAUGAAGAAACUCAAAGAAGAAAAUCUAUCAAAAAAGAAACUAGUGAAGAUAACAAAACUGAAACUGUAAAAAAAUUAGAUGAAAUUAAAAAAGAGGAAGAAGAAACGAAGGCAAAAGAUGAACAGCCUAAAAGGAUAAAAUCUAUUAAAAAAGAAACUAGUGAAGACAAAAAAACUGAAAGCGUAAAACAACUGGAUGAAGUCAAAAGAGAAGAAGCAGAACCAAAGGCAAAAGAUAAUGAAGAAACUCAAAGAAGAAAAUCUAUCAAAAAAGAAACCAGUGAAGAUAAAAAAGCUGAAAAGGUAAAACAAUUAGAUAAAAGUGAAAAACAGGAAGUAGAACCGAAGGCAAAAGAUAAUGAAGAAACCCAAAGAAGAAAAUCUAUCAAAAAAGAAACUAGUGAAGAUAAAAAAGUUGAAAAAGUAAAACAAUUGGAUAAAGCUGAAAAACAGGAAGUAGAACCGAAGACAACAGAUAAUGAAGAACCUAAGAAAAGAAAAUCAAUUAAGAAAGAAACUAGUGAAGAUAACAAAACUGAAAAGAGAAGAAAAUCACUUCAAAAAGAGCCUGAAGUAAUUUCAAACAAGUUGGAAGAUAAACUAAAAUCGGAUAUGGUGAAAGGAAAAAUUGAAACCAAAGUUGUAGAAAAUGAAUCAAUCCAAGAACAAACUAAAAAGAAAGAAAUUGAACAAGAUAAUAUUGAAAUGGAAAAAAAAAUUGAUACAUCAAAGGACUACAAAACACAGCCAAUGGAAACUGAGGAAAUAAAACAAACUUCAGUACAAGUAGAUGACAAGACAAAAGAUCUCGAGCAAAGAAAACCACCGAAAAUUCAACAACGGGAUACAAAAGAAAAAGAAGAAUAUGAUCAAUAUAAAGAUAAAAAACAACAACGUGAAGCAAAACGUAGACCUAAUUUUGAAACGAAAUUAACAAAUAGGACUGCUGGUGUAGGUGGUGUUGUUAAAUUAACUUGUAGCAUAUCUGGUUCAGAUUUAACUAUAAAAUGGUAUAAAGAUAAUACAGUGUUAAUCAAUGGAUCAAAAUAUAUGAUUAAUAAUAAUGAUGGUAUAUCAUCACUUGAAAUUAAAAAUUGCGUUUUAGCAGAUACAGGCAUUUAUACAUGUAUGGCAACAAAUCGUAAUGGUGAAAUUGAGACAAGUUCAAUGGUAACUAUAUAUGAUACGCAUAAACCUUCACAAGAUUUAUUAGUUGCGCCAAUGUUUACUAGAAGUAUAAAAGAUUCAUAUCAAUCUCAUAACAAUCAAAUUAUUUUGGAAUGUAAGCUAACGGGAGAUCCAAAACCAAAAAUUUUAUGGCAAAAGGAUAAUAUAGAUAUUUUAUCAUCAUUAAAUUCUGAUAAUAGAUUUAGUGUUGAAGAACAAGAGGAUGGUACAAUUCAACUUAUAAUUAAAAAUCCGGUUAAAGAUGAUACUGGAAUAUAUGUAUGUCAUGCAGAAAAUGAAAAGAGUAAAGUGAAAAUUAGUAAAUUUUUGGAUAUAACAGAUCAUGUUCGAAUUCAAUCUGAACGUAAAGAAAAGAAAUUCCAAGAAUUAACUGAAGAAAUUGAAAGACGGCGUUCAAUAACAAUGGAACGACAACAAUUGGCUAGCCAAAAAUCAAAAAUAUUUAUUGAUACAAAUUUCAAAGAUUUAACAACCGAAUUAUAUAAUAGAGCAUACAUAUAUGGUUAUAUUAGAGGUGUUCCCGAUGAGAUAGUCUGGUAUAAAAAUGAUAAAAUUAUACAUCCAUCUAGUUCAAAAUAUAAGAUGACAAACAAUAAAGAUGGUCUUGUAACAUUAGAAAUAUUUAAUGCUACAUUAGAGGAUUCUGGUACAUAUAAAUGUUGCUUGAAGAAUAUGCAAAAUGAAAUUGAAAUAAAAUCUAAUGUUAAAAUUUAUGAAAAAAGUGACGAUUGGUUACCAUCAUCGUUUUCAUCUUUCAUUAAAGAAUCAUACGAUUCACGUAGAAAUGAAAUAACAUUAGAAGUAGGAGUUCAUGGCCGACCAAAAAUUUCAUGGUUUAAAGAUGAUUUUGAUAUAACAAGCGGUCGUUAUAGACAAAUUGAAGAAGCGGGUGGUAUACGAAAAUUAAUAAUACGUAACCCAGUGCUGAGUGAUUUUGGUACAUUUAUAUGUAGAGCUGAAAGUGAUAAUAUUUGUGAUGAAAUAACGUCACAAAUUGACAAAUUAAUAUUAGAAACUGAUACAUCAGGACAAAAUGAUGAUGAACCAUAUACAAAUGGUUAUUAUGAUAAAUAUGAAGAUAAUGACUAUUCAACAGGAGUUGGUAAAAAUCGUGAUCGUUUUGCAUCAUCAAUAUCACGUUUGAGUAGAGAUCGUUUAUCACCAUCAGUAUCACGUGAUACAAUUAAUAGAUACAGAUCAAUGAGUGAAGCAUUAUCUAAUAGUACAUCAUCAUUAUAUGUUAGAGAUUCGAAAAAGAAACCUGUUUUUACCACAGAAUUACGUGAUAGAACUGCUAUGGAAAAUUCAACUAUACGAUUAACAUGUAAUAUUAUGGAUGAUGGUGAUACUGAUGUUUUAUGGUUGAAAAAUAAUAUGCCAUUACAACCAAGUACACAAUAUAGAACAAUAUAUGAUAACGGUUUAGCAACAUUAGAAAUAUUUUCGGUUACACCAGAUGAUUCUGGAAAUUAUUCAUGUGUAGCUAAAAAUCAAUAUGGUGAAUCAUUUUCGUUUUCACAUCUUAGGGUUCAUAAGGGAUAUGAAGCAUCUCAACAGCCAAUUACAUUUACUCGUUUCAUAAGAGAUAACUAUUCAUUGCAAGAUGAUGAAUUGGUACUUGAUUGUCGUGUACGAGGUGUUCCAAGACCAAAAAUACGAUGGAUUCGCGAUAGUGUACCAAUUGCUGCCGAUGAGAAAAAAUAUUUACAAUAUGAUCAAGCUGAUGGAUUAUGUCGUUUAGUUAUUAAAAAUCCGACACAAAAAGAUUCUGGUAAUUAUGUAUGUGAGGCUGACAAUAAUGUUAAUGUUGAAAAAAUAUCACAUCAUGUUGAUUUUGCUGGAAAAGAACGUUAUAUACAAGAGAAAACACUAGGUUAUUUCCAUCGUGAUCUAAAUAAACCACAUUUAGUUUCUCCAUUGGGUACACAUAUAGUAACUGUAGGUGGUACAAUUGCUAUUACAGCUGAAUUUGCUGAAACAUGUGGACAAGUUGAUGUUCAGUGGUUUAAAGAUAAACACCCAAUUGAUAAAUCAGCUACAAAAUCAUUUUCUGAAGCAAACGCACAUAUAUUGACUAUUGAAAAUGCUGGAUUUGAUUGGGAUGGAACGUACACAUGUCGUGCAACAAAUGCAUAUGGUAAAAUUGAAACAACUGCAAAUGUUGUUAUUAAUGGUGAUGCUGGCAAAUCAAAACAAGUUCAAUUCUUAUCGAAACCAGAAUCUGAAAUGAAAAUUCUUGUCGGUGAUCCAUUCUCAAUUUCGUUUAGAGUGCAAGGUGAUCCGAAACCGAAAUUGACUUUAAUGAAGGGAGCAAAAGAUAUAACUCGUUCGGAACGUGUUACAAGAGAGGCACAUGAUGAUUAUAUACGAUUUACAAUUCAUGAUUCAACAACUAGAGAUUCUGGAACAUAUUUUGUUGUAGCACGUAAUGAAGUUAGCUCAGAUAGAAUUUUCACAACUGUGAAUGUUAAAGAACGUGCUCGAUCUGCAACUCCAACACUACCACGUUGGGGUAGACCCCUAGAUGCAUAUCCAGAAACAACAUUCUUCAAGAAUCCACCUGGUCCGAUAUCGUCACAUCCUUUAGUUGUCGAUGCUGGUAAACAUCAUAUAAGCUUGCAAUGGGGUAAACCUAUUCCAGGCGAUUCAGCUCCGGUAGUUGCCUACCGGGUUGACGUUUGGCAACUUGGUAGUGAUGGUGGUGCACAAUGGCGAGAGCUUGGUAUGACACCUAUUAAUUCAUAUGAUGCAUUUAAUUUAAAACCUGGAUGCGAAUAUCAUUUUCGUGUAACACCAAGAAAUCGUUAUGGAUGGGGUCCAUCUGUUCAAACAAGUAGUCCUGUUACAAUUGGUGGAGCAGAAUGUCUUCCAGAAUUUAUUAAGAUUUUAUCUGGUCAAAUGAAAGCACUUAAAGAUCAAGAAUGUGUUUUGGAAUGUGUCGUUAAAGGAACACCUAGACCACGAAUUGUAUGGUAUAAAGAUGGUCAACCGAUAAUGUCUACAGAUCGUGUUAUGAUUAAGCAGGUCGGUUUCACGUGUCGUCUUCGAAUAAGUCAAACAGAUGAUAACGAUUCCGGGCGUUAUACAUGUGAAGCUAGUAAUAGUAUUGGAAGAGUUUCAACAUUUGCACGCCUUCAAGUUGUUUCAGAUCCAAAGAUUUAUGCAGCUGAUAGUAAACUGAAAAAAUAUGUUGAAAUGGAAGAUGAAAAAGCUAGUGAAAUGAUACCGAUGUUUACGAUGAGAUUAAGAGAUCGUCGUGUUCAAGUAACGUAUCCUGUUAGAUUAACAUGUCAAGUUGUGGGUUACCCUAAUCCAACUAUAACAUGGUCAAAAGAUGGCAGUGAAAUUGAAAAUGAUGGAAGAUUUUUAGUAUGUGAUGAUGGUCAAUUUAAUACAUUAGAAAUAUCCAAAACUACUCUAGAUGAUAUUGGAACUUAUACAGCAACAGCUAAAAAUGAUUUAGGUUCAGUUUCAUGUAAUUGUUCUCUAAUAGUUGAUAAAGGUAUUAGAGCAUAUAUUGCUCCAGAUUUUUAUAUGCCCUUGGAUCCUGUAUAUGUAUUUAAAGAAGGCCAAGAAAUUCGUUUAACGGCUAAAGUUGAAGCAUAUCCAUCAGUUGGUGUAUCGUGGCAUAGAAAUGGAGCAAGAUUAAGGCCGAGUAGAAAAAUUUUAGCAACACUAAAUUAUGAUGGUUUCGUUGAAUUGAUUAUAGCAGAAGCUAGUGUCAAAGAUGCUGGUAUUUAUGUUUGUAGUGCUUCAAAUCCAGUUGGCAAAGUUGAGAGUACUUGUAAAGUUAUAAUAGAAGAAGCAACGGAAGAAGAAUUACGUAGUUCUAAACCAUCUGUAUUGAGAGGCAGCGAUAAGCCGUAUUCAAAAGAACCAAUGUUUGUUAAAAAGCCGCGUUCUAGUGAGGCAUAUGAAGGUGAUACCGUCAUCUUAAGUUGUGAAGUAGUUGGUGAUCCUAUUCCAGAUGUUGUUUGGCUUAGAGACUUUAUGAAGCCUGAAUAUUAUAAAGACGCACCACAUUUUCAUCCAGUUGAUGAUGGUCCAGAGUAUCGCCUUGAAAUACCAAGUGCUAAAUUAGAUUUUACUGGUACAUAUUCAGUGAUUGCAACGAAUUGCCAUGGGCAAGCUAAAGCUAUAAUUUCUCUUCAAAUAUAUGCAAAAGAUAUAUCAAAACCAAUGGACAAGGCAUCUAUUAAACAUGGCAAUGUUGAAACAAUACCAACUUUUGAAAGGCGUUUACAGGAUAUGAGAUGUUGUGAUGGAGAUGCAAUCACAUUAGAAUGUAAUGUUCAUGCUGUUCCUGAACCAAUAAUUAUUUGGGAGAAAGAUGGUAGAGUUCUAUCAAGUACUUGUAAAGACUUUGAAAUGAGAUAUGAUGGUGAAAAGGCUACAUUAUCCAUAUUGCGUGUCUAUCCAGAAGAUGAAGGAGAAUAUACUUGUAUUGCUAAAAAUAAUAUUGGUAGAUCAUUUUCUUCAGCUUGUGUUCUAGUUGAUGUACCUGAAGAAAAAGAAAAUAUGUUAAGUAAACAAUUACAUAGACCUUCAGGGUUCUUAUCAACAACCUCAACUCCAAGAUCAACACCAAGAGCUACUCCGAUUCGCAAUGUAUCACCAUUAAGAUUAUCGUAUCGUGCUACAAGUAUUGAUUUAUCAACAGAACGUAGACGUUUUGCUGCGCCGAAAUUCUAUGCUAUUCCAAAUGGAAGAGUUGUUGAAGAAGGUGAUACGGUUGAGUUUCAAUGUGCUAUCGCAGGUCAUCCAAUGCCAUGGGCGACAUGGGAUAAGGAUGGAAUGAUAGUUGCACAAACAUCAAGAAUAAUUAUAAAAGAGCGUGAUGAUUUAAGAUUUUUAGAAAUUGAAGAUGUUAAUUUUGAUGAUGCUGGUCUUUAUCGAGUUACAUUAGAAAAUGAUUUUGGACGAGUUGAAGCUACAGCUCGACUCGAUGUGAUAGCAAAACCACGUCCUGAUAGAUCAAAAUCAACACGCGCGGUUCGUAGCAGUUCAAGAUCACGCAGUGGUUUCCAUAUGUCAAGAAGAAUAAUGGGUCCAUCAACACAAAUUGGUGGUCGUUUAGCGUUGGCAAGUGCAUUCCGUGGAUCUUCAGUACCUUCAUCAAAAUAUUAUCAUAAUGGAGAUGAAGUAGAAGAAUCCAACAGAAUACAUUUCGAAGUAAUUGAUAAUUACACACAUUCUUUAAUAAUUGAUAAUGUUGAUAAAUCAGACGAAGGCAUUUACACAUGUAUAGCCCAAAAUGAAGAUGGUAUAAUAAGUACGACAACUUCAGUUGCAUUUUAUGAUCAUAAUAAUGACAUUCCGGAAACUGAACCAAUUAUAUUAAAGCAAUUACCAAAACAAAUUCGAACAAUUGAAGGUCAAAUAACUGAUUUAAGUUUUGAAAUCGAAAGUUUUGAACCAUAUUCAUAUAUAUGGUAUAGAAAUGACGAAAUGCUCUUAAAUAAUGAUGAAUUUAGAUUUAUCGAUCAUGGUAAUGGAAUUUUAGCAUUGAGAAUUAUGGACACUUUCGAUUUAGAUGCAGGACGUUAUUCAUGUACUGUAAUGACAAGAAAUGGAUCAUGUUCAACAUAUUGCGACUUAAUUGUUGAAGAAGAUCGAUUAAAUUAUAAUGAUUAUGAUUUAGAAAUUUUAAAGAAACCUCAACCUGUAUUGGGUUUUCCAGGUUCAAUUGUAUCAUUUUGUGCAAAAGUUUAUCCACCGGAUGCUAUAACUAAUUGGUCAAUAUGCGGUAGAGAGAUAAGCGAUGAUUCACGUGAAUAUUCUUUGGAAUCACAAUCAGAUGGUUUAAGAAUUUUACAUAUAUUAGGAAUUGAAUACUAUCAUAGCGGUGAAGUAAAGUGUACUGUUAUACAUCCAAAUAAUAAACUUAUUAAUUUAUCAGCAUAUACAAAUUUAACAAUAUUACCAAGCAGUUUACCAAAUCAAAAUAUAUUUAAUUUCGAAAAUACAGAAAGUAAUGAAACACCAGAUUUACCAGUUUAUAUAACAAAAGGACCAGAUGAUUGUACAGCAUUAGUUGGCGGUACAAUUGUAUUAAAAGUCCAUUUUGGUGGAAAACCAAUACCGAAAGUUUAUUGGUUCAAAGCUGGUCAUCCUGUUGUGGAAAGUUCAAAUAUUAAAAUUACAUCAACUGAUACAAAUUCUAUUCUUCAAAUAACUGAUAUUACAACUGAUGAUAGCGGUAAAUAUACUGUAGAAAUCAUGAAUGACUAUAGUAGUGAUUAUGCUGUUGCAUCAGUUGCUGUAGAAAGCCCACCAGAACCUCCCAGUAAACCAAGUAUUUCAGCAACAUAUGAUAGAAUUUCGAUAGCAUGGUGCGGACCACCAUAUGAUGGAGGUUGUGUGAUUACAGGAUUUAUUAUUGAAAUGCAAGAAAACUCAUCAGAAUGGAUUGAAAUAGCACACGUUGUUGAUUCAUUAGCUUAUACAAUAAAAGAUGUUAAACCAAAAGUUAUUUAUAGAUUCCGUGUUAGAGCUGAAAAUAUUCAUGGUCAUAGUGAACCAAGUAAACCAAGCGACGAAACUAUUCUACAAAUACCAGAAAUUAUUAAUGAAAAUUAUGAUGAAAUUGAAAAUCGAAAGAAAUUAUUACUAUUAAAACAAGGUGGCGAUUUUAAACAAAGAUUUGAAACACUGGAAGAAUUGGGUAAAGGAAGAUUUGGUGUUGUUUAUAAAGUAAUAGAAAGGGAAACUGGUCAAACAAUGGCAGCUAAAGUUAUUAAAUGUAUUAAAGCAAGAGAUCGAGUUAAAGUACAAGAAGAAAUUGCAAUAAUGAAAUCACUUGAACAUCCAAAAUUAUUACAAUUGGCAGUAUCAUUUGAAACAAAUCGUGAAAUAAUUAUGAUAAUGGAAUAUAUAACUGGAGGUGAAUUGUUUGAAAGAGUUGUAGCAGAUGAUUUUACAUUAACCGAAAGAGACUGUAUAUUAUUUUUACGACAAAUAUGUGAAGGAGUUGAUUAUAUGCAUAGCCAAUCAAUUGUACAUCUUGAUUUAAAACCAGAAAAUAUAAUGUGUUAUACAAGAACUAGUCAUCAAAUAAAAAUUAUUGAUUUUGGUUUAGCACAACGUUUAAAUUCAGAUAGUCCAGUACGUGUAUUAUUUGGUACACCAGAAUUCAUUGCUCCAGAAAUAAUUAAUUAUGAGCCAAUUAGUUUUCAGACUGAUAUGUGGAGUGUUGGUGUUAUAUGUUAUGUUUUAUUAUCCGGUUUAUCACCAUUUAUGGGUGAUGCAGAUGUUGAUACAUUUGCAAAUAUAACACGUGCUGAUUAUGAUUUUGAUGAUGAAGCUUUUGAUGCAAUAUCACAAGAAGCUAAAGACUUUAUUUCAAAUUUAUUAGUGCAUCGUAAGGAAGAUAGACUAACAGCUAAAGAAUGUUUAGAAUCUAAAUGGCUUUCGCAGUAUCAUGACGAAAAUUUAAUAAAUAAACGUAUUUGUACUGAUAAGUUGAAGAAAUUUAUCAUUAGAAGAAAAUGGCAGAAAACUGGAAACGCAAUUCGAGCACUUGGGCGCAUGGCAAAUUUAUCAGCAUCAAGACGUAAUUCAGCGAUUUCAGCAACAGGAAGUAGCACUUCAUUAUCAAAUAGUCCACGUCCAUCAAUUUCAGCUGGCUGUGGACAAACAAAUUCGCUUUUAAAUCCAAAUAUUGUUAAUCAUAUGACGUCUGUUAACGAAGAAGAGGAUGAUGGUGAAAUUAUUACAUCAGCUAUAGUGCAAGUACCAAAAGUAGCUACAAUCAUUGAAUCGAAAAUAAUUCAAAGACCCAAAAUUCGCAAUAAAACUGAAUGUAGUGAACGUAGUGAUUCUGGUUUUAGUGAAUGUUCAAAUUGUAGUGGUGGUGGAAUCGGAGGCAAUAUUUCUUGUUUAUGUCCACAUCCUAUACUAGAAAAACCACAAGCUAUUCAAGAAGAAAUACUUUUAGAAAAAAUUAAUGAAUUUUCAGUUGGAAUACCACAUGAUAUUUUAAAAAUAAAAUUAGAGGAAGUCGCAUCUAAACAUCAAGAAAUGAUUGAUAAUGAAUUGCACAUUGAAGAAGUUGAAGCUUUGGAAAUGGAAAAACAAAAUAGAAAAAAAAAUAGUUGUAGUUCAAUUGAAAGUUUUAAAAUUUUUGUACCAACAUUGAAUUAUCAAGAUUUCCCAAAAAUUGUUUCAUCAACGGAUGUUAAUACAAUAGUAUUAAGAACAAAUGGUUCAGCUGAUGGCUUAAAUGAUAAAAAUUUAGAAAGUACAACAGUAGUUACUCCAAAAGAAGCGAUUAUGAAAUCUGACUUUACAAAUACAAUUUCAAUGAGAAAAAAAAGUUUAGAAAAUAAUUUUGCUAAGGAGAAAUCAAGGAGCAGAAUUUCUAAACCGAUAUUAGGUCCAUUAGGAAAAGUUUCAAUGUUAAAGAAUAGAUUCAAUCAAAAUCAAACCGAUAAUAGUGGGUCAAAUAAAGCAAUGCCAGGAUAUAUGAGAACAACAUUAAGUCGAAGUACUAGCAGUUCACCAGUAAAAUCUUCAAUGGGACGAGAAUUUUCAAAAUCUAAAAAUGUUUUUGAUCGUUUGGCAUAUAAUCCCAAGACAAAUGCCACAGCGACAAUGCAAACAAAAACAACAAAAUAUAGCCCUCAAUCAUUAUCCUUACCUGGUUCACCAUUACCACAGAUGCGAUCAACUGCGUCCAUACGGUUAAGUAAUAAAGUACGUGAAACAACAGAAAGAUUAUCAGCACCAAAAUUCAUUGCUGUCUCAAAUAAUUCAAAUCAAAUAUCAACAACAUUGAAUUCUUUUGCAAAUCGUAAAUUAAAUACUUUUAAGCAAUUAAAUAUAAAUUCAGAUUUAGUAGAGACAGCAGUUGGAAUUAAUAUGACAUCAUCAACAACAGAAAAAUUAUUAAAAAACAAUAAUAAUAAUAGUAACAUAUUAAAUAAUAAUAAUAAUAAUUUUAGUAAUAUUAGUAGUAUUAAGAUAAAUAGCAGUACUUGUACUAAUACAACUAAUAUAGAAAAGAAUAAUUUUGAUAGUAAAGAUUCGAAAAAACACGAUUUAGAACAUACUCCAAGAAAUUACAAUACUAGAAGUUGAUUUAAAAACAUUUAAAUCAAAAAUAUGGUAUUAAUUGAAAUAUUGAAAAUAUUUUAUUUAUAGAAAUAUAUAAAUAUUAUGUUUUUCAAAUUUUCUAAUCGAUUUUUAAUAUUGAUUCAAUAAUUUCUUGGUUAUAUGCAUCUACAAUAUAUUUUAUAUAUGAGUUAAAUAUAGUUAUAAAUAAUAUUGAAACUAUAUAACUACAUAUAAACGACAAAAAUAAAAUAUUAUAUGUAUUAUUAUCAUUCUAAAUUUUAAUUCAAUAUAAAAAAAUUAAAAAGUAUGUAUGAAAGAUUUAUUGUAUAUUUUGGUUUUAUUAAAAUUAACUCUUAAUAAUAUAAUGCGAAUUAUGAAAUUAAUAAAUAGUUAAAUGAAUAAUUCCAAUAGCACAAUAAAAUCUUUAUAAUAAAAAAAAUUAUUUUAAUUGGACAUUAAUGAGAAAAAAUUUUUAAAAAAGAUUUAGUAUAAAAUUGAUAAGCCUUGAAAAGAAAAAAUUAAAUUAAUAAUUUUUGAUAUUUAUUUUUCGUACGGUUAAUUAUUUACAAAUUUUAAGUAUGAAUAUUAAUUAAAUUACAUUUAUAAUUUAUGAUAAUAAUACAAUUAAUGUUUUAAAAAUAAUAAUGAAAAAUUUAAAGUACGGGUGUAAAACUAAGCAAAUAUGCGACAAAAUAUUAGUAUAAUUAAGCACGAAUAAAUAGAUAAUAUUAUUAGUGUGCUCGAUCUUCGAAUAAUUGAAUUUAAAUAGGCUAGCAGAGAUAAUUUUAUUAAAAAUCUAUAAAGUACCUGUUAAGUAAUUGUCUCUCUUAAAUAUAUUGUGAAGAUAGCUUGUUAUUAUGUGCAUGUUAUGAAUAUAUUUUAUUUUGUCCAUUGUUCUAUGACCAAUUUUGGUUAUAUUAUAUGUCAACAAAAAUUAUUGCUUUUGCAAGCUAUAUACUUGUACGAGGUCGAUACGUACAAAUUAACAGAAAAUUGUCGCUAAAUUAACAAUAAAUGAAAAACGAAAGUUUAAUGAAUGCCGAAAAAAAUUAUUGUGUUUACAUGUCUUCAAAGAGGCUUUUCUUGACAAAAAUUAAAAUAAAUUUUAUAAGAAUAAACCAAAUGUGAACUAUUAAAUCGAAAAUAAGAAACAUACAUACUCUGCAUAUACAAUCUUAAUAUAAAAAGACUAAUUAUUUUAAAUGUAUAUUACCUUAACAAACGAAGACUCUAUAUAAUAAUUAAAUUUAAUUUUAAUUUGAAUAAAUUCAAAAUUGAAUUGCAAUUCCUCAUCUCUGAAUUAUAAAUUUAAAAAAGAAAAACAACUAUUUUAAACCAUUACACCCUGUACUUUCAAUAUAUAUUUAAUUUAGAAUGACUAUUGAUCGUUUAUUUUUUAAUAAUAUUUAAUAAUAUUAGUAAUUUAAUUCUGUAUACCUAUGCUUGCAAUGAAAAUUAUACCUGUGAGCCUAUAUGAAACUUGAAUUUUAUAUACCUAAUUUUUUCGAAACUCAAUGAUCCUAAAUUAUUUUGACUUAAAUGUUUUUCAUAUUUAAUUAAAUUUUAAACAAUAAAAAAAAUAAACAAUGUUUUUAAUUAUUUUUACGAUAUCAAAAAUUUUAACUUAUAAUUUGUCGUUUUUGUAGUGAGUUACAUAUAAAUAGUUAUUAAGCAAACUUAUAAUAAUUUGUACUUUUGUUCUCAUGUUUUUUUUUUAUUUUGUUUUAGGAUUUAUAUAAAAUAAUAUUUUUUUAUUUUUUCAGUAAUUUUGUUUUGUUAUAAAAAUUAGUUUUUAUUUGAAAUAUAUUGUAUUAUUAUUAUUAUUUUUUUUGUUUAAUAAAUUAUUAUAAUGUACUUAAUGCUUUGAGAUAUAAAAGUAAUUAUUAUAAAAGUAGAAAUAAAAAAAAA